GAGCGAAAAGUAACCUGCAAGCAUCCAGUGACAGGACAGCCAUCACAGGACAACUGUAUUUUUGUUGUGAAUGAACAGACUGCUGCAGCAAUGACAUCUGAAGAAAAGAAGGAGCGACCAGUAAGCAUGAUAUGUGAAGCAACUAACUAUAAUCUGACAUCAGAUUAUGCUGCUCAUCCAAUGAGCCCUGUGGGCAGAACAUCACGAUCUUCAAAGAAGGUUCAUAAUUUUGGAAAGAGAUCAAACUCAAUAAAGAGAAAUCCUAAUGCUCCAGUUGUCAGACGUGGCUGGCUCUACAAACAGGAUAGUACUGGAAUGAAGUUGUGGAAGAAACGGUGGUUUGUGCUCUCAGAUCUGUGUCUCUUCUAUUACAGAGAUGAGAAGGAGGAAGGAAUACUAGGUAGCAUACUUCUACCUAGUUUUCAGAUAUCUGUGCUUUCUGCUGAGGACCAUAUUAAUCGCAAAUACGCCUUUAAGGCAGCUCAUCCAAACAUGAGGACCUAUUAUUUCUGCACAGAUACAGGGAAGGAAAUGGAAUUAUGGAUGAAAGCCAUGACAGACGCAGCACUUGUGCAGACAGAGCCUGUGAAAAGAGUUGAGAGGUUAACCAUUGAAAAUACAUCACCUCGAGAGGCAAAUAAUAUUUCAAACCAUCGGGUGCUAAUUAAACCAGAGGCACAAAAUAACCAGAAGAACAAAGAAGUGAAUAAACAUGAGGAGAAGAAAGCUUUGGAAGCUGAGAAAUACGGAUUCCAGAAAGUUGGGCAAGAUAAACCAUUAACAAAAAUUAACAGUGUAAAGAUAAAUCCUUUGGGAUCUGAAUACAGGACUUUACCCAUAACCAUGAUUCAGGCUGGACACUUCAGACCAGUUCAUUUAAAUGGGUCUGAGAGCAAAGGUGUUGGUGUUGUCCUGGCAGGAGCUGGAGAUGGAGGUCAGCACAGUGUGGUUCAGUCACAUAUGGAGUCUGAACGAGUUAUGCAGAGAACUAAUUCAAUGCUGCAGCUGGAACAGUGGAUUAAAAUACAAAAAGGAAAAGGACAAGAAGAGGAAACAAGAGGCAUACUCUCGUAUCAGACCUUGCCAAGGAACAUGCCGAGCCACCGGCCCCAGGUGCUGCCCCGCUACCCGGAAGGCUACCGGACGCUGCCCAGGAACAGCAAGGCGCGGCCCGAGAGCCUGUGCGGCGCGGCGCCCGCGGCCUACGAGCGGGCCGAGGAGAAGCGGCGCUCCAUGCGCGACGACACCAUGUGGCAGCUCUACGAGUGGCAGCAGCGGCAGUUCUACAACAAGCAGACGACGCUCACCAGACACAGUACUAUAAGCAGCCCCAAAACGAUGAUGAACAUUUCUGAUCAGACAAUGCAUUCGAUUCCCACCUCGCCUUCUCAAGGCUCGAUUGCUGGUUUCCAAGGGUAUUCCCCACAGCGGACCUACAGGUCAGAAGUGUCCUCACCAGUGCAAAGGGGAGAUGUCACUAUUGAUCGCAGGCACAGAACACAUCACACUAAGCAUGUCUUUGUGCCCGACAGAAGGUCAAUGCCAGCAGGUCUGAGUUUACAGCCUGUUACUCCUCAGAGCCUCCAAGGCAAAACAUUAACACAAGAAGAAUGUAGGGCUACACUGUACAAAUACAGAACUGAAGAGCUGGAUAUUGAUGCUAAGCUUAGCCGUUUAUGUGAACAAGAGAAAGUUGUACAAGCACUGGAGGAGAAGCUUCAACAGCUACACAAGGAGAAAUACACGCUUGAGCAAGCUUUGCUGUCAGCAAGCCAGGAGAUAGAAAUGAAUGCAGAUAAUCCAGCAGCCAUACAGAAUGUAGUCCUACAGAGGGAUGACUUGCAGAAUGGACUGCUCAGCACCUGCCGAGAAGUAUCGCGAGCUACGGCGGAACUAGAAAGAGCUUGGAGAGAAUAUGAUAAAUUGGAGUAUGAUGUAACUGUAACAAGAAAUCAUAUGCAGGAGCAACUUGAUCGUCUUGGAGAAAUUCAGACUGAGUCAGCAGGGUUACAGCGUGCUCAGAUUCAGAAGGAACUGUGGAGAAUUCAAGAUGUCAUGGAGGGUUUAAGUAAACAUAAACAGCAAAGAAGCUCUUCAGAGGCAGGUAUCAUGGGAUCAAGGACAUUUUCUGCUAUUAAAUAUAAAAAUGAGGGUCCUGAUUAUAGGCUUUAUAAGAGUGAACCAGAGUUAACUACAGUCGCAGAAGUGGAUGAAUCUAAUGGUGAAGAAAAAACAGAACAAAUCUCAGAAUCAGAUUCUACUGCUAAAGGCUCACAUUUUCCUGUGGGAGUUGUACCACCCAGAACCAAAUCACCAACACCAGAGUCUUCAACAAUAGCAUCCUAUGUCACUUUGAGGAAGAAUAAGAAGAUGGAUCUAAGAACGGAAAGACCAAGGAGUGCAGUGGAGCAGCUGUGCCUUGCAGAAAGCACACGGCCGCGAAUGACGGUGGAGGAACAGAUGGAAAGAAUAAAGAGACACCAACAAGCCUGCCUGAGAGAGAAGAGAAAAGGACUAAGUAUUAUUGGCAUUUCAGACCAGUCUCCUCCACAGAGCCUGUCAUUGGUCAAAGAUAAUCCCUUCAGAUUGGUACAGAAUCGAAAAAAGGAUGAUACUGUAUCUAGCAACAUGAAGGAUUUAGAGAGCACCAAUAAAGAAUAUAAUUUGAAACAAAAAAAUCGAAAUCCUGCAGAAGAAAUAGCACAGCUAAAACGUGAUGGAGAACAAGAGCAUAAUUCAGAUUAUACUAAAGAGCUGACAAAAACUGAUGAUCUUUUAUCAGAUGCACAUGUUGUAUCUGACUCAAAAGAAGUGAGUAAUGAGGAGAAAUCAGAAAAGGAAAAGAAAACUAAAUUGGAAGAAAUACAUGAUGGUGAUAUAAGCUUGCAGAGUGUGACCACAAUUACAAACCACAAACCUAAAACCAGCUCAGAAGAAAGUGGAGUAGUUAGUGUUCAAGAAGAAGAAGGGAUUACAUCUUCAUUUGAAUUAGCAGCACAGUCUUCAAAAGGAAAUCAGGCAACAGCAGUGAAAAGUUUACCUUCUUCACCAGAAUCGUCACUGUCACCAGCUCCAUCUACACAGACACAGCUCACAGAAGGAUCACAUUUCAUGUGUGUAUAGUUACAGAGAACACUAAUGGCUUCUGUUGAAACAAUUCAUGCCUGAGAUGUAUGGACGUGACCUAUGAAAAUGAGAAGAUAUUGUACAGUAUAUUUUAAAUCUAUGAAAUUCAUAGUUCUGAUGCUUUUGGCCACAGAGCAUCAUUUUAUCACUUCCUGGAAAAUGUUUAUUCCAAGAGAGCUUUAAAUGGCCCACAUGUACACUCAACAACCUUCAGAUUGUUCUCCUGAUACCAGCUUGCUGCUAUGAUUUCUGUGCACAUAAAAUAAAAGCUGUUUUUAAUGUGCAGCCUACAGUCACAAUUUUAUUUGGUAUUCUCCAGAAUUUAAUGUUCUUUUAAUGAUGGAUCAUAUAAGUUUACAUUUUGCUUCUUUCACAUGCAUAACUCAGUUAAUUUUACAUAUCACCACUAAACCUGGUUCUACACUUUUUCAACACUACAAUUUAUCGCUUUAACAUUUUAUUUGUAAAGGUUUUUUUAUAUAUAUAUACAUAUAGAUAUAUUUAAAAUGUGCCAUUUUUAUUAUUGCUUAGUAAAAUAUGUCCUGUUUCUGCUGUAAUUAUUUCUUGGUCAGGUUGCAAUGUCAGCAGUUAUACUGCCACACUUCUGUCAGCAUAUACAUUAAUGUUAGUGGUUACUUUUUCUUAAAUAAAAUGAAGUGUAGGUAUUUUGAGGUACUGGGCUUUUCCUUUGUUGGGUUAGGGGUGUGUACAGCAAUAAGCAGGUUUUCAAUCCAGUACUUGGUCUGUGUACAAAUGUAAUUAUGUUCAUUGUGUAUAUUUUAUACAAUGAGCAGAUACGAUGUAAGUAUAAGAAGCCACUUAUUGUUCAAAUACAAAUGUUCAUAUCCCAUUUCUUUUAUAUCAUAUUAAAUAAAUGUUGA